UGUACUUGUAGCAGGUGGCUGGCACUCUACAGAUUCAGACUGCAGUUGCGCUGCUUCAGGACAUGGGACCAUCAGUGGAGGUCACACACACGGGCCAGACUCCAGCACCGGAGACACUUCCUGAGGUCCGGCCUCUCUGCCCUGAUGUGGGCUGUGGUGACCCGACGUGCCCAGACAGACACCCUUGCCAGGAGGACGGAUGCCCUGACCCUCGCCCACUGUUUCCAUCGGUGGAGGAGGUGUGUGGGGCAGAUGCGUUGUCUCAACGUGAGCCCUGGCUCUGUGCGGGGUGACAUUGGGGUCGUGUGCCUGCUGAGGAGACUGACCCAGCCCAGCAACACCCUGGUCCUGAGGACGGCCUACUGUGCCUGGAGGAGCCACAUCCAGGGCAUGCAGCUCGGCAGGGCAUCGCUCAUACACUACCAUCUGACUCUGCUGUGUAAGCACUGGCUGGUGUGGAGGCAGGCUGGUGUGAGGCUGCAGGCGUGGGCGCUGCAAGCCCAGAGGGCAGCCCUCCACUGGGACCACAGGCAGCAGAGUCGGGCAUACGCCUUGUGGAGAGCUGCCUGGGUCACAGCACGUCUGGCCACAGAACAGCACAGGGCAUCCUGCCUAGCUGCAGCCUGGAGCGUGUGGGCGGCCCGGGCCACACAGAGGGAGGAGGAGCGAUCUGCUAGGGCCAAUCAGAGUGCUGGCUUCCACAGGAGGAGCCUACUGCAGCACAGCCUUCUGCUGUGGCUAGAGAGAGCAGAGCAGAGAAGACGACAGAGGGAUAGGCUGCAACGCAUCGUCAGGAGGGUUGCCCAGCGCUGGCGCGAGCACACACACGGAGCCCGGUUGCAGCGUGUGUGUGUCGAGGCCGAACAGGUGCUCUCCAGACAAAUUUUAGCAGUGGCCUUUGGGAGGUGGCACCAGGAGUUUGCCCGGGCAGACUGCGGGCACAGACUGGUGCAGAGGUGGCACGACCUGCUGGAGUGGAGGAGGCUGCAGGAGGCGUUUACAUCCUGGAACCGCAGGGUCCUGGUCAGGAGAGGGGCCCUAGAGAUACAGGAGAGAAGGCAACGGGCACAGCUCUCACACAUCCUGCGUGGCUGGCGGGGUGUGGCCGAACGCAGGGCGGCGUGCGUGUGUUACUGCAGCGAGAGGAAUGACCGGAUGGCCGCACACACCCUGCAGAGCUGGAGGAGAGCCACAGCGCUACGGUCCCGACACACACGCCUCCUCACACACCUGCUGGAGAGGAGGAGGACACAGGCGCUGACCCUAGGGACACUGACAGGGAAUAUGAGGCCGAGUGAGGCGGUGACGCCAAGGUUGUAUGGUGGUGCCAGGCUCAUCACAUUAGAGGAGUUGUGUGACAACCUGCAGCUCCAGACAAGCCUUCACUCCUGGAGGAGGGAGAAGAGCAAGCUCCAGCUAGCCAGACUGUACUGUGUGGCCCGGGUGAGGGAGCAGGUGAGAUUGGCGCUGCAGCGUUGGCAUGAGCUGGCGUGGGAUUCCCAGGCCUGCAGGGUGCACAGGUUCAGGACUAGACUGGCAGCGCUGGAAUCCUCUUCCUCUGGGUUCGGCAGCACCUCUCCCCUCUCCCUGAAGCUUGCUGUGGCAGAGCAUAACAUCAGCACGGAGCUCAGCGAUUGGUCAAACAGCUCCUCUUCAGCACAGAUGGACAGAGGACGCCCCCUACUGGCCUCAUCCCCAUUGGAAAGUCUCAAGACAUGCUUCCAGGUCGAGAACCAUGUUGAUUUUGCAGAGGGUGACCAAACCUUCUGCCUCUCACAUCAAAGUCUCCCAGAUCACAAGAGCUCACCCAGAUUAAAGGGUGUCAUGGGGAGUGUGGUGGGCCGGAUGCUACGUCCCUCCCUCAGUGUGGCCUUCUCUCAGUGGAGGGACUAUGUCAGAGUCGGCAGGGAGCAGCGACGCCUCAUGGGCCUGAUGGCAGAUGUCCGCAGACGGGCCAUGCUUGGCACCGCCCUCAGCCUGUGGAGGAGACACACCCAGAGCCUCAGCACCACAGCCAUACAGGUGGAAACUGCAAUUCUGACUUUCUCUGUGGCUCACUGGAGAAGGGUGGUCGCUCACCAAAGGUCAAAGGUCACCCUGCAGAGGAUGGCCGACGACUUCCACACCACGGCAGUCCUCAGGAGCUGCUUCUUAACAUGGGAGAAAAAGCGGACGUUGAUUAGAGUAAGGCCAGACCCGGAGGCCCGGGCCCAGCUGGUGAAGAGGGUGGUGUGGCUGCGGAGGAGAGGAGAGAGACAGAGGACCCACAGCACCUUCACCCUCUGGACAGCACGCCUCAGACAAAGCCAGGCCGUCACCGCCUUCUACACACACACCACGCUCACCAGGGUGUUUACGGCGUGGGAGCAAUGUGUCCACUCCCAGAGGGAGAUGAGCGCUCUAGCCCGGGCCCACCUCCACCAGAGGCUGCUUGGCCAAGCCCUGGCCCACUGGAGGGGGUCUGCCACCCGCAGCCUUGAGUUCCGCAGGAGAGGCCAGGAGAGACUGGCGCUGGGGGCCAGACAGAAUCUGCAGCGCUGGAGAGAUCAUACCCACAGGAUAUGUGAGCUGAGACAGCUACUGGGUCAGUACGUGGCGAGUGAGAGAAGGGCAGCGAAGAGGAGAGCUCUACACACCUGGGUCCAGGCCACUGUGAAUGUCAGGAAAGCCCAAGACGUACACCAGCAGGCUUUCAUGAGCAGACUACUGCAGCGAUGGCACGCCCAGGCCCAACGCAGCGCCAGAGAGCAGAGUGCCAUCAUAGCCAUGAAGACGCAGAGGCACAGAAGAACUCUGCUUGCGGCUUUUACUUCCUGGAAGGAGCGUUUCCUCUACCAGCAGAGCUUAGCCAGGGCAACAGCACGCCACUGGAGACAGAGGGCACUCGAAAGCAAGGCAGCGAGCCACCGCGUCACCUGUCUGACCUGGUAUUCCUUCACCCGGUGGAGAUGGGCGCUGCACAGACGGAGAGACAGGUGCCAGCGGGCGAGGGUGCUGGGCAGGGAGUGGGCGCGGCGCGCCAAGCAGAGCGUGAAUGACCAGGAGAGGGCGACGGAGCUCCUUCAGCAGAGACAGAGGAGAGACGUCGCAGAGAGGUUCUACUACUGGAUCACAGCCCAUCAGUCCUCACUGACCAGUUUGGUAUUCCACAACCAGACUCUGUGCAAGAGGGUUUUCCAGAGCUGGCAAGCCUACACCGGCCCUGCACUAGCACGUAAGCACAAAGGUGCCAGGUUCCAUCUUGGCAGAGCCAGGAGGCUGGUGGCCCGGUGUUUUACCCACUGGAGGAGUGAGCUGGAGCAGGCUCGAAACAGACUGAAGGUCCUGGAGCAGAGACUGAAACACAUACACUUCAAACUCACUGCUGUCACCAUGAACCACUGGAGAACGGCCACUAGAGGGUGCAUAGCGCUCAAACACUUCAACAGAGGGACAAUACGCCAGUGUUUUGAUCACUGGAGGGAGAGGACGCGCACAUCCAGAGCAGUCACUAUACUGUGUGUACAGAGAGAGAGGAGAGGGGCACGUGAAGUUCUGCUAUGCUGGUGGAAGUGGACUAAAGAGUCUAGAUGCCAGAGGCAGAUGGAGGAGGCAGUGUGGCUGUGGCUGGAGGGUCGCAGAGUGACCAGAGCCUUCCAACUGUGGCUCAGAGUCCACCAUCGCCUCCAAGAGGCCUCACGGCUGGGACGGGCUCACCUAAUGCGCAGGUCUUUUCGGGUCUGGCGAGGGGUAGUGACGGAGAGCCUGUCAACUUUUCAGACGGCGGAGUCACGGCUACGCACCCACCAGACCCAAUCAGCUUUCAGUGUCUGGAGAAGGCGCACCGUGUCCCAUCAUCUCUUAAGUGACCUGGUCCAGAGAACUAAAUCCAGGCAGAGGAGUCGUCUGCUGAGAUCAUCACUCCACACCUGGCACCAAGAGGUCCAGUUGCGUAAAAGACAAUCUCUACACCUCUCACAGAAGUACUUUGCCUGCUGGGUGAACAGAAUUGGCAUCAGACGCAUUGAAAGGAAGAAUCAGUUGGAGGCUAGACUGAGGGAGUGUCUACGGCGGUGGCGUUUAGGUGUGCUACUGAAAAGAGCUCGGAGGAGACUCACCCAGGCGUUAUGGGUCAGCUGGAGAGACCAGACCGCUGCUGCACUCCUACUCAAGACCCUGCACACUGACCGACUGCAGCAGGGGGCGUGGCUGACAUGGAGGAAGAGACGCAUCAGAACCCGGGUGUCUGAGACCUUUGCCGCGCAACUGGACCAAGCCCUCAUUGCGCAGGUGUUCAACAUGUGGCGGCAGAAGCAUGCUCUUCGCUCCACAGCGACCGACACGUGACCUACGGUAUAGGGAGGAGUAGCUGACCUCUCCCCCCAACUCCUAGCCCCUAUAUGGUAGGGGAGAUCACGAGUAGCGUGUGGCUUUUCACCAUACUACCAGUACAGCACUUCAUAUUUCAAAAUAGAGGUUAACUUUUUGGUUUCUUGGGUCAAUGUCAUCUGGCAACAGUCAUUGCUCACAUUUAAAAUGUAUUGUUUUGAAAACAUGUGCCAACCAUUCUCAUAGAUGUUGGCUUUUACCUCCUUUGAAUGCUCUUAGAAGUGGAAACUAGUGUGGGGAAACUACUAAGAACAGCUUUGAGACAUAAUAGAUACACUGUUCAUAUUUCACACUAUUAAUCCUGGAAAGCAGCACACUGUGCGUGAGUGCCACUAUUAGAACUAAUUUAACUCCAGUAUUUGAAAUUCUUUCACAAUAAAUUCCAUUCUGUGUA